UGAGUUAUGUCCUCGAUUCUGUAAAGCUCGUCAUUCACCUGGGAGACAAGCAACAUAGGAGGCUCCCCCCUACAGACCGUCCAACAUUGGCUGGGGGGAGAUAAUCCAAGGGACAAGGCUGGACAUAAGGUGACGAUGGCCCUUGUCUGGAAACUUCUGCUGCUCUGGGUCAACUUUGCACAAGUGGCCCCCCUGAAGUGUUUACAAUGUGUUGGAACCAGCUCGUCCUGCCGUAUGGUUGCAAGAAAAUGCCCAGCUUACGAGACCACCUGUAUCUCCCUUGCCUACCAGACACAAGAUAGCAGCAAUACAGUCAUGAAAGGGUGCUCUACGACACAGUUGUGCAACCAAUCCUCCAUCAUUGAUACAGGAACCACAUCGAUCUACAUGACAGCAAGCUGCUGUGAGACUGACUACUGCAACAUCAACCGAUUCUCAGCCUCCAAGGUGUAUUCAAACCGCUUGCAAUGUAAUGUUUGUAAUAACUCCAUCACUACCUCCACCACCAUCACCUGCCCCAAUAGGCAGUCCUUGUUUUGUGACGAAGUAAAUAACAACUGUGUGGAUGUCAUCACAAUGGAAACUAACGGGUCCACUCAAAUACAAAAAUACACCAAAGGCUGUGGUUCAGGAAAUAUAGGAGAUGUGUGCACAAAUCUGUUUGCCUACAGCACGGGGACUUAUCAGCGAUACACCUAUUUAUCAUGCUGUACGGGCAACCUCUGUAACAGUGGUCAAAAAGCUAUUCCCAUGUUAACUAAUGACAAUGGAAUUAAGUGCUAUGGCUGUAAGGACAAUGGGAACAACGAAUGCGCAAAGGAAAAUCAGAAGCCGGUGACUUGCAGAGGCACGCUUCUCCGAUGCAUGGAGGUCUUCGAUGAUCAACGGCGGACUAUUAUGAAAGGAUGCUGUACAGUAGCUUUCUGCUCUUCCACUGACCUGGCACAGCCCACUGACCCGUCACCGCAACAAACCAAAAUAUCGGAAAUCAUGUGCUGCGCGGGAAGUUUUUGUAACGACUUCAGCAGAAAUAAAUCCAGUGAUGUCAUCACCCCUAGCAGCACUGCCUAUAGAAAUACAGACUACAGUAUUCUAGCUGUCUUUAUAUGCGUAAUAUCUGCUUUUAUAGGACACUAGCAUUGCUUGCUACCAUGCGCUUGUACAAAAAGACUUUAUUAUUUAUAUUGCUGGAUGCUGCAGGCAAGCUGGACAUAGACACAAAAAGGCUUCUUGCGAUGGGCUUGUGAUGGGCCCCUUCCUCUUAAACGCAGCACCAGUGUUGUUUUCACCAGGAUGCCAGGUGCAUCAGAACCCCGAGAACUGCCUAAUUUAAGUAGACUGCUAGAACCUUCUCCUCAAAGUCUGUAUCUAAGAGAUGGAUUUCCAUGUAUACAGCCAGCAGUCACUGCUGUCCGAAGAAUGGAAACUGAAGUGGCGCACCACUUCUACGAGGUCCAGAAACAACUUUAUUCCAAUAAAAGAAAAUCUACAGUAGCCAACAUUCAGUGGUGGACAAGCUCAACGACAUGGCCAAUGUGCAAGUGGGAGCCCAAGUACAAAAACAUAUUCACGGUGUAUAGGUAGCUUCCUACCUGCCCAUGACCAGUGUCCUGGUCUGAUAGUAGAGGAGGUUCCAGCCAUGCCUCUAUGUAGGAUAUAUGGGCCCCUAAGGAUACCUAUCCGGAAUGAAGAGACCCUUCCAAUGGGCAAGUAAAAUCACAUCUUCCAUUCAUCUGUGGCUCUUCUAAGUGCUGCUCCAUGGCGGUUAAAUGUAAGGCUAAAUAUAGGCUCCAAUUAUAUGAAGCUUGACUACAGAAUUAAAUAUUAUAUCUGGUUACUACAAAUUCUGGAAUAUCUAUCAGGAUCUACUGCCUCCGACUGGGAAACAGACCAGCAAGCAUGGAGUAUGGAUUGAGUAUGGCAUGAUUAGCUAGUAUGACUAGCUGGCUUCUUAAACCAGACAGUUCAAAAGUCCAAUGAUGAAAUGCAAAUGGCUGUAACCCAUAAAACCAAAUGAGAUUUCAGUAUGCAUCAUUAAGUUCGCUGUGAGAUAACCCAGUUCCAUUGUUUUUGCUAAAUAUUUAUUUUCAUUGCCUUAUAAGCCCAAGCUGUCAUUGAGUUAAAGUAAACCUUUGCCAUGGACAGGGUUUUUGUUUCUCAAACAAUAGGUGCUGGAACUCAACCACGACACGCCCA